AUGGAUCUUUUAAUAACGGCAGAUCCUCAUUUUAUUCCAGGAUAUUCCGGUUAUUGUCCGCAGUUCCGAUUCAAUUACGGUGAAACGUACGCAAAAGCCACGCAUAAACUGCUGCUCGAUCCUACAAUUAAUCAUGCGAAAACACUCGUCCUAACUGAUCGUGUAGUUACCGAUUGCGAGCGACCAUCAAAGAGCGACAUCGAUGUGGUCAAUGCCCGUUUAAAGAGAACCGAUGCUCUCUUUGUUCACCCCAUGUUGCCAGGAUACAAGGGUUUUGUACCAGGAUCGAACAUUAGACUCGGACAAAGAUACGCGGUGCACGCGACCGAAGGUCUCGCAGACUUCGAACGACAACAAUUAAAAAAUAAGGCGGCUUUAGAUCGGUUGAGGAGAACGAUCAAUGUGCAAUGUGGGCGAGUCGAGCCCCGGAAUUUAGAAGAACGUUUGCUAGUUAAAACCUUAUUUAAAUUACCUUUGCUUCCUGUGCGACCUGAAUAUGUAACAACGAUGAAUAGUUUAUCAUCCGACAAGAAAUGCAAAAUAUCAAAAAAUGAUACAUCUUCGUUUUAUAUAUAAAAUAUUAAAUUAUUAAAUUAUGCUACUUGUAUAAACAAAAUCCCACAUGGUGUUCCUUUAUCCGCGAAAACGCGAAAAGUAAGAUACGCGACUCAUAUUCCUCACGGCUAUUUCGAAACAUCGAUUAUUCCGUCAUAUGAUGAUGCAUUAUACAGUUUCGCAAAGUGUCAAAAAGGACAAAGUGUAAAAUAUAAAAUAACGACGAUUUAUCCAGAACCUCCGUUACUUGUCAAAUCCACUGAAAUCUAUCAUAAAAACGUCGGAAUGAUACCGAAUUAUUUUGGACAUAUUCCCGGAGCAAUGUUCAGAUAUGGUAAAACGUUCGGAGUUGAUUCAAAAGAUGUCAAGAAAUGGCUUCGAAGAGAUUUCGAUCUAUAAUUUAACUUUACAACAAUGCUUAUUUGGGUUGAUCGUUAUCACAACGAUAUUAUGAGUAAUUAAUAGAUACUUCAAGAUCAUUUAAUUGAAUCUUAUAUUGCAUCAAAAUGUAUAAAGAUUUACAAUGUCUAGAUUUAUUAGAUGUUGGAAUUAAUUCGUAGCGUUUUUAAUGAAAGAAUGUUAUUUAUU